UCUCGUGGGGUGACCUGGAGGAGUACCAUCCUUCGGCAAGGUUUUAGGCUUAUGAGACGAUGAAGACGCGUCUUUCUUGUGUAGCGGAAGGAUGUUCUUGAGCGCCAUCACGACGGCUAAGACUGAAGGCUAGCCGCAGUCGUUAAUUGUCGAUAGUAAUGGUGCAAAGCAAGAGUUUCUACGCUUGGCCAAAAGACACGAAUGCCACCAGGCUGAAAAACAGUAGAAAGAGAACUAAAGAAGAUAACUUCUAUAGCUCACGGCUGAAGUUAAUGCAAAACCACCACAAGAACAGAUCUACCUUUUCGCUAGCAAACCUGACGUCUUCCACAAGCCUGAGCGCCAUAAUGGUCUGCGGGGUUCUGACGCGGACUACAUGAGACCAGCGGUUCACCCGCCAUGGCGUUGUUGAAAGUCCAAUAGGCAGCCGCACGUCUCACA